AAACCAGAAUAUUAAAAAUGAGUUAUUAAAUAAUAUUACUGAAUCAUGUGCAAACUUAAUGAACCGAAGAUCACAGUUUGACAAAUGUUCUUCAGCACCAAAUUUAGUUGAUUCAAAAAAUGAUGGUCAAAAUGAACAAAUAUUAGAAAAUAGUUCCAGUUUAUUUUCCAGUACCAAAAUUUAUUCUUUUCAAAAUUCAAAUGUACUGUUUAGUGAGCUAAAUCGUCAACAAUUACGUGAUUGGUUUGUUGAACAAGGUAUUGAUUAUGUUUUAGAAGGAUCAAAAUUAUGGCCUACUUCUGGAAAAGAAUUAAUUUCUGCUUCAAUCGGCGAAAUUGACGAAAAAUUUAAAUUUAAA